AUGAUUGAAGAUACACAGACCGUCGCCGGUUACACCAUCCUUCGGGACGAGCCACAUGACGCUGCUCCCGAUCUGUCAAAUUCUCAGCAUUUGCAUCCUCUCGAUCCCCUAUCAAUUGAUGAGAUUCGCGCUGCUGUCAGCAUCAUCCGCGGACAUGCAAAGCCCAAGACUCUGAAAUUUAACUGUCUCACCCUCCGUGAGCCUCUCAAGGCCGAAUACGCCGCCUUCCGCGCCCGCACCGGCCCCCGUCCUGCGCGUCGCGCUUUUGCCAUCGUCAUUGAGAAGGGCACCGGCGAGGUCUCUGAGGCCGUCGCCAACAUCUCAGAGGGCAAGGUUGAGCUGUGGAAGCCCGUCGCUGAGGUCGGUCCCACACUUACCCUUGAGGACCUCGACGUUUGCGAGCGUGUUGCGCUUGCGGAUCCCCGUGUCAUUCAGGCCUGUAAGGAUCUUGGCCUCGAUGACAUGUCCAAGAUCUACAUCGAUGCUUGGGCCAUUGGUGUUGAUGAGCGCUGGGGCUACGAGCGACGUCUUCAGCAGGGUCUGGUGUAUUACCGCGCCUCGCCUAACGACAACCAGUAUGCGCACCCACUGGACUUUUCCGUUGUCGUGGACACAGAGAAGGAGGAGGUUCUCACCGUCGAUAUCCGCUAUGUCAAUGGCGAGCGAACAAAGGUUCCUCUCACCUCGCAUAACUACAUGCCUGAGUUUAUCGGCGAGAACUACAUCGACGGCACGCUCAAGCCCAUCAACAUCACCCAGCCCCAGGGCGUUUCUUUCCGCAUGAACGGCAACGAGAUCUCGUGGGCGGGCUACAAGAUGCACAUUGGCUUCAACUACCGCGAGGGUAUUGUCCUCUCCGAUGUCCGCAUGGAGGACCACCACGAGCACCGUGAGCGCACACUCUUCAACCGUAUCAGCGUUGUCGAGAUGGUUGUUCCUUACGGCAACCCUGAUCCUCCUCACCACAGGAAGCACGCAUUUGACGUUGGUGAGUAUGGAACUGGUCUGAUGACCAACUCGCUCAAGCUGGGAUGUGACUGCAAGGGUGCCAUUCACUACAUGGACGCCGUCAUGGCUACCGGCGAGGGUCUCCCUGCUAUCAUCAAGAACGCCAUCUGUAUCCACGAGGAGGACAACGGUCUUCUGUACAAGCACACCGACUACCGCGACGGCAGCGUCAUCUCCGCCCGUGAUCGCAAGCUGAUCAUCUCGCAAAUCAUCACCGCUGCCAACUACGAGUACGGCUUCUACCACACCUUCACCCUCGACGGAACCUACAAGCUGGAGAUCAAGCUGACCGGCAUGCUCAACACCUACUGCAUGCACCCCUCCGAGACAGCCGCUCCCUACGGCACGGAAGUCGCGCCCACGAUCAACGCGCACAACCACCAGCACAUCUUCUCCCUUCGCGUGGACCCCGAGGUCGACGGCCCCAACAACUCCAUCGUCCAGAGCGACGCUCUCCCCUCAGAAGCAGAGGUCGGAUCCGCCGAGAACCCCUACGGUAACGGCUUCUACUCCAAGAACACCCCGCUGCGCACAUCAAAGGAGGCCGCGACGAAUUACUGCCACGAGACAAGCCGCUCAUGGGCCAUCACCAACCCCAACAGCAUCAACCCGUCUGCCAAGAAGCCCGUCGCCUACAAGAUCCUCAACAACAACUGCCCGCUGCUCAUGGCCAAGCCUGGCAGCGUCGUCUACAACCGCGCCGCCUUCGCCCGCAAGAGUCUCUGGGUCACGCCCUACAAGGACUACGAGAUCUUCCCCGCUGGCGACUACGUGUGCCAGUCCACAGGCGCCGAGAACCACCCGCACAACAGCACCAUCCUCGACUGGGUCGCACGCGACGAGUCCAUCGAGAACACCGACAUCGUGUGCUACAUCCAAUUCGGCCUGACACAUUUCCCCCGCACAGAGGAUUUCCCUGUGAUGCCUGCCGAGCCCGUGAGCGUGAUGCUCCGCGCGUCAAAUUUCUACCAAAAGAACCCUGGUCUGUGGGUUCCCCCGUCAGCUCUGUGUGUUGAUGCUGCUUCCAAGGAUGCCUUUGGGGCCAAGAAGGAGGAGCCUGCUUCUUGCUGUGCGAAGAAGACGAUACCCCGAUUGUAG